AUGGCGAACGCAACUGCCUUGCCUGUUGGCACCUUCAAUGUGGAUGGUAGUGGUAUUGCAAGAUACUCAUUCACCAUCAGCGUACCCCAGGGCAUCACAGCCACCAGCACUCCUCAAAUCUCGCUCGAGUAUUGCCAAGGUGCCCCAAAUGCCAUCCUAGGGACUGGGUGGUCUCUUGGGGGCUUGUCAACAAUUCGCCGCCAAGUCGCAAGUUUGGCCUUGAACAGUAUCAAUGCGCAGAAAGACUACGAUCGUACAGUACCCCGGUUGGCGUUGGACGGCAGCGAGCUGUUGCUGAUCCAAGGUGAUUAUUACCAUGCCCCAGACGCCGUGUAUCGACAAGAGAUUGAUAGUCACGGAGAGACUGUUUACGCCACUCCAUCUGGUUUCACCGUUCGAGACACUCUCGGAGCUCGCAAAGAAUACGAAGCUAUUCCCUCCUCUGAUCCUUCUGCACAGGCUACUGAGUGGCGCAUGCGAAGGCAAAUCGACCGAUAUGGCAAUUUCAUCGAGUUCAACUAUGAAAGUCUACCGGGUGACAAUUCUUCCUAUCUCACCAGCGUCAUAUACACAUCCAACGAAAAGACUGGUCUGGCUGGUACCCGAUUGAUACUAUUGGAGUACUCCCCAAGGGAGGAUCUUAUUGUGCACGCAUCCUAUGGCGAUAAGAUUACCUCCGUCUAUCGCUUAGCACGUAUUCGUGUUGCGAUGGGAACUCUAGACCAGUUCGUGGUAAUCCGUUCUUAUGAAAUGGAGUAUAUUUACUCCCCGAGCUCUGGAUCUUCUUUGUUGCAAUCGAUUACCGAAGUCACUGGCACGGGGACGCGCUUGAUUCCAACUCUAUUUGAAUAUACCGCUUCUUCUGAACAAAAUGAAAGCUUCUCCAACCAGGAAAGGGAGUCUACUACCUUGGCCGAGACGACUCACAACGUCACGCUGCUUACUUUGAACGUGAGUGGGCGAUCUCUGGGAGAUCUAGGCUGUAUUUGCUAUGAUUCGGACACGGGGAAUUUCAGCAUAAAGACAUAUCUGGCGCAACGUCGCAAAGUGACGCAGAAAGACCAGCCUCCUACCAUCGAGUGGUCGCCAUCGGAAGGGCCUGGUGCUGAAGCUAUUCUUCCACCCACUGCCAUGGGCAAGACCACACCUACGUUUCUAUCGGGAGAUUUGAACGGGGACGGGCUCACGGAUCUGAUUGUCCCCUUCGAGGACACGAAUGGCAAUCUGUCAUUCUCAAUAUCCUCCUCGACAGGUAGCGGGUACGAGCACUACACGCUGAAACCGACAGACUGCAGCUGGCACCCUGACUCUCGUUUUCUGUCUCUAGACCUGACGGGUAAUGGCUGCACAGAUAUUUUGCAGAUUUACCCGCACGCUGAAAAGCUGCAUUUCCGAGUAUUCACCGCUAUUAAUGAAGGCGGACAAACUACGCUCGCAAAUCCAAUUGAGACGAAGACUACAUUUGACUUUUCACACACUGUUGAUUGGUUGCAGAUGACCACUCGUCGUGAUGGAUCGCAUAGUCUUGUCCGUGUCUGGGCCGAUGACAAUGGGAUGGGUGUUAAUCACUUGAGAGCCACCACGUUCACGUUGCCAUCGAAAUCCAUCGAUGUGUCUCAGGGGACUCUGAUUCCUUCAUCAGAUAUGUCGCUUGGCGAGUUCGACAUCGACCAGACCCCGGGGAUCACCGUCCUUCCUUGUGAUAUCAACGGCGAUGGUGUAGAAGACCUCGUCGUAUCUCUCGUCGAGACAGUAGAUAGGGGCACAGAGACAGCCAUUCGCAUGGUCUUUACCACAUUCCUAAACGAUGGUGUGGGCAGCUUCACCCAGCAAGGUGAACCCCAGGUUUAUUCUCACGUCACUGACUCGGGCCAUGCACCAUCGGGCACGGGGAAAAUGUAUGUCACGGACGUUCGAGGUACCAAUUAUCCAUCCCUCGCAUAUGUGUACCAGGAACUUCACAGCGGCAACUAUGUCUCGUUGAUAUCCCAAGGUUCAUCGUCCGGCCUGGUCAGGCCCCCGAAGUGGUAUCACAUCGCUGAGCAGAGUCAACUGCCAAUUGGAAAGCCGGAGUUGCUACCAGCCGAUCUCAACGGAAGCUCCUUGGCCGACUGGCUUUUCUACAGUAUUGUCAAUGAUGAGGUUACCGUCCAUCCUAUCUACAAUACGGGAAAAGUCUGUGAGGACUUUCUUGCGUCGGUCCGUAACCCCAUGGGCUUGUCCACAUCUUUCUCUUAUGCUCCCAUGACCAAUGCCGACGUCUAUGAACCCACUCCGCUGUUAUCUCACAGUAACACAUCUGUCAAGCGAGGCGCACACGUCGUGAAGGGAACGCCUAGCUACGUUGUCUCCGAGAUUCGCAGUAUCAACGAUCCAUCCAUCAAUAGCAUUCCAUAUCAUGAUGUCGUUCAGAAGAAAUACUACGGAGCCCGAGUCAACCCUAGAGGCCAUGGCUGGGAAGGCUUCUCGCACAUCUCAAGCUACUACCCCUUGAGCGAUGAUACAAGGAUCGAUCAUUAUAAACAGUCUUGGCCAUUGGCGGGAUGCAAAUGGAAAACCGAUCAAAUCCAAGGCCGUGAGCAUGAAGGAAUGCUGCUGCAGUCGACACAGAUCGCUUAUGAAGAAAGAUCACAGGAGCUGGGAGGCAAGCAGAUUUACCGGGUGAACAAGACUGCUGAAGUCCAUACUCUGAUGGACGGAGGAUUGCCUGCGCGGACAUUCAAUCGCACCUAUGAGUAUGAUUCCGAAGGAAACGUUCUGCUCGAAUGCUCAAAAGAACUGGAUGAGCACACUCUGUGGACGAGAUACGACUAUACCACUAUUGGAUCCUCAACCGGCCUCCCCAUCUCCAAAAAGGUGUCCACCAAGAGGUCCAAUACGAACAUGCAUUCAUUUGAAGACGGUGACUUGAGUUUGUCGCUUUUCGAGUACGACUCUGAGCAGGGAACAGUGUGCACCGCUCGAGAGUGGCUAUCAGACCAUUCAUGCUUUUCCCAGCAGAGCUUCGAGUACGACACGUACGGCAACGAAAUUCUCAACAAACGGCCGUCUGGGUUGGAGGUUCGAACUGAGUACGAUACCGUGUUCCAUUGCUACCCUGUCAAGAUCCAUGAAAUGGGGCCUGGUGUGGACCAUGUCCGUCUAGCAGGAUAUGACGCCCUUUUCGGCCAUGAGGUGGCUUGCCGGGAGAAAAAUGGUGCUAUCAAAAUCAGCGAGUUCGAUGCCUCCGGUCGCUUGCUCCGCUCUGCCAGCACCGGAGAUGAAACAAUCUCCCAGAAAACUGCACAGGCUAUGUUGCCAGUCUCCCACUUCAUUGCUGAGUCCGAGUUAACGAGCCUCAUGUUGACUGCGCGAGUUUGUCCUAAUCAAUCUCUGCAAUAUGAUCGGCUUGAAACUCCUUCUAGCACACGAUACCUACGUACCACCACCAUCACUCAUUUUCAAGAAGGCACCGAAGGACAGUAUACCCGAGAACAAGCAGUGGACUGCACUGGACGCGUAUGCAAGCAGCGCGAACAACAUGGAACUUCUCUGCCAGUAUGGAAACAUUUCGAGUAUGAUGCUCAAGGCUACCUCACAGCCCAAAGUCUGCCACAACAGCGAGUCGACAACGGUUCGUCUGAUUGGGAUUGGAGUCCGGCCUCUGAUCAGCAGAUUCGAUGCCAGUAUGAUUGCCUGAAGCGGCCCGUCAGCAUCACCAAACCUUGUCACCGGCAAAGUGACAAUGCCACAGUUGUCACCCGCAACGUAUAUCAGAAAGGAGGAUCCCAUGUUGAACAUGUUGUGGAAAGAGUUCCGUCUGCUAUUGAGGAGGGACAGUUGCCAGCUGUCACUGUUCUUUCCAGAACUGAGAGCUUCUUUACUCAUAUCAACGGGAACGAAACUCUGAGCGCCAAGAUAAAUGAAAAGGGUGAACGCACUGAAUUCACGCACGAUGCUAUGGGCAGAUUGGUGACCGCCACAGACGCAGCAGGCAAAACAGAAACUCGAAGCUACAAUACUACAGGAAAGAUCCUGCAGACCCACGAUGCAUACCAAAAUGUGGUCAUCCGCACAUACAACCCUUCCGGUGAUAUGGUUAGUGAGCGAAACAGCAUGGAUGAAGUCGCAACUCACGACUACGAUGCCAAAGGGCGCCGCACUAAGUCGGUCGCUGCAAAUGGUCGCCAGAUCCUAUAUGAAUAUGAUCGGGCUUGCAGCGACAGCCUCUCUCGCGUAACCCUUGCAGCAUCAUCUGAUAGCCCGACCAAUGAUGCGACUUACGAAUAUCGAUAUGACUCCCAGGGACGCCUGACAAGAUCGGUCCUUUGCACUGGUCAAGAUGAGACGUUUUCCGUGGAUCUAUCCUAUGAUUGGCAGGGUCAGAUCAUUUCCCGUCGCUUCUUCGACGGCUCAUUAUUGAAGAUCGACCAUCAGGGAAGUCGAGUCGGACGGAUUGCAUUUUCCGGUGAAGAAUGGAACGUAGAAACCAAGAUUCAGAGCUACAAUGCGUUUGAGAAGCCUGAACAGUGGUCUAUUCAUGGUUCCGGGCUGAAGGAUUUCCAGGGAACGAUGCAAGCCGAUCAGAUCGGAUUCCCGCUCAUAAAUUCACUGCGGAAUUCAGACGCAUCUCUGGUCCAGAACCACUUCAUCUAUAAUGACCUUGACCAAUUGAGCCGACUCCACGAGUUCAUUUCGGGAAGAACCGCGGACUACUCCUACGAGGGUGGUCGUCUGGUCUCCUCUAAAGGGCAGACAGGACCAUUGACCCAGUACGCCUACGAUCUAUCCGGUAACAUCACUCAGAAAGGGACUACGGUUUUGCGCCAUGGACCUAGAUGGACUGAGGGGACAGACGGCGACCAGUCCAUUGUUCGAGUCCAAUACGACGAGGCCGGUCGGAUGAUCUCGCGCGAGCUGCCGCAGCAGUCCAAGGCCCAUUCCUUUUCGUACGAUGGAUUUGGGAACAUCGCUACCAUCACAGAUACCAUAAAGGGAAAUACGAGCCAUAUUCUUUCUGAUGGUCAAGGCAAUACUCUCAUCCGCACAUUGGCAGAUGGAUCCCGUGAAAUCCAAUUUACUCGCGAGCUCAGCGUGUUGAUCCGUCCAGAUCGAUCGCGACAGAUUCGUCGCCGGAUGUUUGGUGCAGACAAGAAGCUACUGGCCACAAUUACGACCGAGAUGAUGCCUGAAGAGCACGCGAAGACUACUCAUAUCGUUCGAGUAGCAUUCACGGAUGCUAAAGGAAAUGUAACACAUCUAUUCGGUGGCGACGGAAAGCUCUGCCACAGUAUGGAAUACGAUGACUUUGGAAAUCUCUCCCCUUCUGAUGCUCCUUUGUCAUCAACAUACGAGGCCAACGCUGUCGACGCCGAUACAUGCUUGAUUGACUUUGGUGCACGCUGGUACGAUCCAUUGCUCGGUCGUUUUGCGACUCCAGACGACAUAUUGGAUGAGAAAUCGCUGUCAAACGUAGACGGCAUCAAUCGAUAUGCAUUCGAAAACAAUGACCCGAUCAACCACAUCGAUCCUACAGGUCACUGGGGCGCAGAUUUCUGGGGUGGUCUACUUCUGGGUCUGAUUCUAUUGGCAGUCGGUGUAACGAUUAUGGCCACGGGGGGCGCUAGUAUUGGGCUCGCAGCGCUCUCGGGUGCUUUAUUCAGCGGCGGACUAGCUGCGGUGCAAUAUUCAUGGGAAAAUCGGGACGAAAAAGACUCGGGCAAAUUCUGGGCAGGCUACGGGGCCACUUUGGCAGUAUCAUUAAUCACAGGAGCAGCUUCGGGGGCGUUUGGUGCCUACAUAUCAUCUUCAGCAUCGCUGACAACGAGCUGCAGCCGACUAUUUGCCAAAGGUGCAGUCGAAGCCAUCAACAAGCCUGGGAAAAUCUUAGCCACGUUCGUCAUUGUGGCAUCCAAAACACUUGUCAGCGGUCUCACCGGAGCUGUCGUUCAAAUGGGAAAGAACCUCGUCCAACGUGAAAUUUACGGAGCGAAGGUUGGACUGUGGGAUGGAGUUGGCUAUGCAGGUCUAAUCGGACUUCGUAACGGCGCGCUUUCAGCACUGGGUAACUCGUACUGGACUUGGAAGGGCCAGGAUCAACUCAAUCGUGUCACCGCAACAGUCAAGGGAACUUUUAAGUAUGAUUGCGUGAAUCUGAACGUCUACGAUGAAGACUUUAAUCAUGUCUUCAAGGUGUUUGGAUAUGGAAAUCCGGUGGGACAAAACGUGUCGGCACAGGCUGGGAAGUCAUUUGCCAACGUAAACUGGGAGAAUCCUUUUGGUCCAUAGUUUCACUGUCAGGUUAAUCCCAUAUCAAUUUCACUUGGUUAUUAGUGACCACCAUCAGUCGUAUUUAUAUCUCAGAGCUGCGCUAAGUAUCUUGUGGGUUAUGGGUGGGCGUCAGCGAAAAGGGGGACGAGGAACACACUGCCCGCAUAUACUCACACAGACCAGAGCACUUAUAAGUACAAUAUAAUUAAUACG